GCAGGAGGAGGGUCGGCGAGGGCUGCGCGUGGGGAAGUUGCCUCAGCCGGUCACCUAACCUCCCCUCCCCCGCCCUGCUUCGCCUUGGUACCCGCAUUUCUGUGCUUUCCGGCGAGAGUCUGGAGAAAGUGCUUUCCUGAUGGCACCUAUCAAAAGGAUAUAGGAUCAUGGCAGCAGAUGAUGACAAUGGUGAUGGAACAAGUUUAUUUGAUAUCUUUUCUGCUUCACCUCUUAAACAUACUGAUGAAGGAUCUUUGGACAUUUAUGCUGGGUUGGACAGCACUAUUUCUGACAGUACAUCUAAAUCCUGUGUGUCAUUUAGAAACUGUUUGGAUUUAUAUGAAGAGAUCCUGACUGAAGAAGGAACUGCAAAGGAAGCAACGUAUAAUGAUUUGCAAGUAGAAUAUGGAAAAUGUCAGCUGCAAAUGAAAGAGCUGAUGAAAAAGUUUAAGGAGAUACAGACACAGAACUUGAACUUAAAAAAUGAAAACCAGUCACUUAAGAAGAAUAUUUCGGCACUGAUCAAAACUGCCAGAGUGGAAAUAAACCGCAAAGAUGAAGAAAUAAAUAACCUUCACCAAAGAUUGUCUGAAUUUCCACCUUUUCGAAAUAAUAAAACAAGGAUAUCAGAUGUUGUUAAAAUAAAAGAUACCAGAUCUAGAUCUCCUUAUUUGGAUGGCUGUUCAGAGACCGAUCACAGAGUUAAAAGUGAUGUUUCUAAAGAUGUGCAUCUUAACACUUCACUGCCAAACCUGGGAAAGGAAGGAAAGUCACAUUCUGAAGCACAGAACCCUUUGCAUGUACCAACAUGUAUUGAGAAACAUUGUGCCAAUGGUUUCUGGUCAUAUUCUGAUCACCAGGUUGGUGAAGGUAACUCAAAUGAAAAUAAUAGAAGAGAAAGGAAAGAUAUCAGGCAUGGCCAGUAUAGUAGUGGGACAGAUAAAACACAAAAAGAUACAAAUAGCAGCUGUGGUCUUGGUGAAUCGAAGAAUAAAGAGGAUAGUCCAAGACUACAAGGAAAUCCUGAAAAACAUGGUCAUGGUGAAAGAAAGGCUAAAAACAAACAUUCAAAGUUAAAAAGCACAGAUGGAAUUCAUAAAAGUGAACGCAGUGAAAAAGUGACUUAUAGAGAAAGGUCACAUGCUAGAGUGGAAUCUCAAAAUGACAAAAAUCUAGAGAGACAAAGUGAAAGGUUACAAAAUACGAGUCGAGAAGAACUUCAGUCAUUAGAAAAAGCAGAAAGGAAAAGUGAUCCAAAACCUAAAACAGUAGUAAAGGAUCAAGAAUAUUGGAGAAGAUCUGAUCGAGCAUUGCUUCCUCAUUCAAAGAAUGAAAUAAAAUCUUAUAACUCCAGUAAAUAUCAUCUGGAAGAAAGAAGAGGAAGGGAAUAUUGUAAUAGAGACAGGGGUACAAGCAGCCAUGGCUUUCAUGGUGGAAGAAGUUCAUCUUCUCUUACAAGCAGUAAAACUAACAAGUACAUGUAUUCCAAGGAAGUCAGUGUAAUGCAUCACUGGGAAAAUGUACCUGAAAGGCAGAAAGUAGAAAGGCACAGAACUGAAGAAAGGAGGAAAAGAGAACGAGAAAACAAAGAAGAAAACAGGCACAUGAGAAAGGACAAAAAAUCACCUGUAGAACAUUUGCAAAAGAUUAAUAAAGAAGCUACAAAAAUCACUGUUGAUAUAAAGAGACAGAAUGAGCCAAAAAAUGAUAAAGAUGAAAUUUCUAAUGAAGUUUCUAAAGGAACAGGUAAAGAAUUUGCAGUAAAAGCUGAGAAUGGUCCAAGUGAAACAAAGAACAAAGAUUUAAAGUUAAGCUUUAUGGAAAAGUUGAACUUAACUCUUUCUCCUGCUAAAAAGCAGCCCGUUUCUCAAGAUAAUCAGUAUCAAAUAACUGAUGAUCCCAAGUCCAGUGGUGUCUGUGAUUCUGAAUCCCCAAAGAACACUAAAAUAGUGACAUAUGUUCCCUCUGUCAGUGAACACGACACAGAGGAAACUGAAUCAAAGUUACUGGAACCAAAGGAUGCUCUUCUAAUAUCUGAACUCAGGAUUGGUGUUCCAGAAAGCAAAACGGAAGAAGAAAAUACGUCACUAGUUAAAUCUGUUGAGAAUAUCUCUUGUGAAAUGUUCAUUUGUGAUACAGAGCUUUCCUUUUCAACACCUGUGGAAAUGAAACAAGCAAGGUCUUUGUUGCCAUUAGUAGAGGUAGAAAAGACCAAUGUUUGUGCAAGGCCUGUAGCUUCUGUAGUAAUGGAUGUAUUGCCAAUAGAUGCUUCUCAAAAGUUAGGCCUAGAAUUGGAUACCAAAAGACAUGAUGGUUUGGAUUCUUCUGAUAUUUCAGAAGGUAUGGAAAGGAAAGUGGUUCUCUCAACAAAAACAGCUAAGAGCAGUGAAAGCCUUCUACAGCCUUUAGUUGAAGAAGCUGCUGUUUUACCAGUAAACCAUACCAAGGACAAUAACCCCAGUUUUGAGCUAUCUCUUGUAGAUAAACCUAUGGUUGACAAUAAAUCUUGUCACUUGGAACCUUGCUUACCUGCAGACACACUAGCAUCUUUACCACAACAGGCCCAAUCAAUGGACCACAUGAUAGAAAUUGAGGAAACAAAUUCAGUGUAUCAUGAUGAUGAGAACUCAGUUUUGAGCAUUGACUUUAAUCACUUGAGGCCUAUUCCUGAAGCCAUCAGUCCUCUGAAUAGUCCAGUGAGACCUGUAGCAAAAAUUCUUAGAAUGGAAAGCCCAACUGCAAUUUCUUUGUUUAAUAGCAGACAUAAAGAUGGGUUUCCAUCAGAUUCAGCUCAUUCUACCUUUAAGAAUCAUUCUGAUCUCAAUAAGGAAAAUCACAAGGCAGUUCCCAAAUUUGACAAAUGUACAGAAGCAAACUCUUGUAAGAAUUCCUUUUUAGAUGAAUUAGAGGAAGGAGAAAUUAGAAGUGACAGUGAAGAGUCCAUACCACAAAAAGAUUCUGGAAAAAGUACCAGUACUAGAGCUGCUGCUGAAGUACAGAACACUGAGCCUAUCCCAGGAGAUGGGAAAAGUACUGUGCAUUCACAUAAAGGUGACAGUAAAAUGUCUGUGAAAAUUCAUCAGAACAAUAACAGAUGUGAUAAAAGACCAAGUGAACCUUCAAAAACAGAAAAGAAAGAUAAAACAAUGAGCAUUUCCACCUUAGAAAAAAUACUCCCAAUUAUUCCUGCACCUUCUUCCAUAUGGGAAAUUAUGCAUAUGUUACGAAUGAUAGGGAAACAUGUAAGAAAAAAUUAUAUGAAAUUCAAGGUAAAGUUUUCAUUGAUACAAUUUCAUAGAAUUAUUGAGUCAGCAACUUUGAGCUUUACAUCACUAAUUAAAUACCUUGACUUAUCUAAGAUCUGUAAGUCAGUAACUACUUUACAGAAUAAUCUCUGUGAUAUCAUAGAAUGUAACCUGAAGCAAGUUAAGAAGAAUGGCAUAGUUGAUCGUUUAUUUGAACAGCAACAACCAGAUAUGAAAAAAAAAUUGUGGAAGUUUGUAGAUGAACAACUUGAUUAUUUAUUUGAAAAACUUAAGAAAAUCUUAGUAAAAUUUUGUGAUUCUUUAAACUUUGGAAUUGACAAUAAUGGGGAAAAACCUGGAAAAAAGUAUAAAGAGAAAACACAAUAUUCAAAUUGUCAUAAGAAAAAUUUGGACAACUAUAAUAAAGAAAUGCAGAGAAAACAGUUGUCAAAACCAGAAGAGUUUAUGAAUUAUAAAUCUCUACUGCUAUGUAAAAAAAAAGAAAAACUUGAUGAUAAAAACACCAAUGCUAACACAGUAGAGCAUAACAUUAAAAGAAGUUUUAACACUUGCUUUGAUAAUAUAAAGAGUUCUGAAUCUGAAGAGCAGUCUCUGGAACUAAACUAUCCAAGCACCCCCAAGCCAGGAAGACAUGAAGGCAGUACCAUAGAGGACACACAGAUACCACAGCACACAGAAUUUAAGGCAGAACGUAGUUUUCAGAUCCUUACUGAGCAGCAAGCAUCUAGCCUCACAUUUAAUUUAGUAAGUGAUGCACAAAUGGGUGAAAUAUUUAAAAGUUUGUUGCAAGGUUCUGAUCUUUUAGACAGUAGUGGUAACUGUACUGAAAAAAACGAGUGGGAAUUAAAGACUCCAGAGAAACCAAUGCUAGAGAACAUGAAGGGUGAAUCUACACCAACUUGUAUAACAGAAGAACUGGUUGCAGGAGUGGCUUCUCCAUGUCCUAAAGUUAUUAGUGAUGAUAAUUGGUCAUUAUUAUCAUCUGAAAAAGGUCCAUCUUUGUCUUCAGGGCUUGCAUUGCCAGUUCAUCCUGAUGUAUUAGAUGAAAAUUGCAUGUUUGAAGCUUUAAGUAAAGAUGUGUGCAGUUCAGAAAAGAGCAAGCCCUGCACUUCUUCUAUACUCUUUGAAGAUCUUGCAGUCUCUUUAACAGUACCAUCACCUCUGAAGUCAGAUGGUCAUUUGAGCUUCUUAAAGCCUGAAGUUUUGCCAAAUUCAACUCCUGAAGAAGUUAUUAGUGCACAUUUCAGUGAAGAUGCCUUACUUGAAGAAGAGGAUGCCUCUGAGCAAGAUAUUCAUUUAGCUCUAGAGUCUGAUAAUUCAAGCAGUAAGUCAAGUUGUUCAUCAUGGACAAGCCGGUCUGUUGCUCCAGGCUUUCAGUACCACCCUAAUUUACCCAUGCACGCUGUCAUAAUGGAAAAGUCCAAUGAUCAUUUCAUUGUGAAAAUACGGCGUGCAGCACCAUCUACCUCACCUACUCGUAAGCACAGUAAGAUGCCUGAGGGGUCAGUGGCUUCUUUACCCAGAAUCGCAAAAGAAGCAGAUGAAGCCUCAGAGAGAGAACCAGUUUCAUGUCAGAGCAUAGUUUUUAAGGCUGCAGAGGACUUAGAAAAUUCUGACAAAAAUGUUGAUACAAGCAAAUCAACUUAUAAAGAACAGAACUCUUCAAUACAAGCACAGGCUCCAUCUAUGUAUGACUUUCUGAAAGAUUCCUCAAGUAAGGUGGGCCAUUGUGAUGAAGUGGCUGAUGCUUGUCUUGGGUCGCAUCAAGUAUGGGAACCAAAAGUUCCUAAGAAAUUGGAGGGAUUGCCUUCAGGGGAAAAAGUCCCACAUACUGUUGAGGAUGAUCUUCCCACCACAUGCAUAGAUCUAACAAAAGAUCCAGUCACUGAGACCAAAAACUUUGGGGAACUCUUAGAAGUAACAGUUUUAAAUAUUGAUCAUUUGGAACAUUCUGAAUCCAAUUUAGAUCAGAGUGCUCAAAUAUUAGGCAAGUCUUUACAGUCUGAUACUACAGAUGCUUUUAUUGAUUUGACACAAGAUGCUACAGAUGAGAGUAAAAAUGAAGGUAGUAAUCCCAUGUUAGCUGUUGAAGGCUUGGAGUGCCAGGUUAUAUGUGUAGAUGAAGAUAACUGUAAGGAAGAAAAGAUGCUAAGUACAAACAGUCCUUUGAAUUGUAUAGUUGAGGAAACUUGUAUUGAUUUGACCCCAGAGUCUCCUGGUUCAUGUGAAAUAAAAAAGGAUGCUUUAAAAUCAAAACUGCCAUUGAACUCUGAUAGUUUAAUGUUGCCUGGGACUUUAGAUAAUGCUCACAAGAAGAGAAAAAAUUGUUCUGGUCUAAAUCAUUCUCCAAAAAGGCAAAGAAAGGAAACAAACUUAGCCAGCAAGGAAAAAACUAAGAAAUUUAGCCAGGAUUCUGGUGAAGAUGAAGAAGCUUAUGGAAAGAAAUCCAAUAAGAAAAAGGCCCCUGCAGUGAAUCUCUCCUUGAAAGCAAGCCCAGGGAUUAAUGAUUCAGACACAUCACUUGGUACUUCUCCCAUAAGCCUUUCUGCAAAGAAUGUUAUUAAAAAGAAGGGAGAAAUUAUAGUUUCAUGGACAAGAAAUGAUGACCGGGAAAUUUUACUAGAAUGUCAGAAAAGAAUGCCAUCACUGAAAACAUUUACAUAUUUAGCUGUCAAGUUGAACAAAAAUCCAAAUCAGGUUUCAGAGAGAUUCCAGCAGCUGAAGAAGCUCUUUGAGAAGUCAAAGUGCAGGUUGAAACCAACAUUCAUCAGCAAGAUAAAGCUGCAUCAGCCUAGUUAUUAUCACUAUGGUCGGAAAAUUGUUCAGGUGAUAAAAGACAGAUGAGAGUCACCCAUCUCCAUCAGCAAGGAAACCACACACAGCAGCGGUGGCAGUGACAGCACCACUGGAAAGCUACAGAGUUCCCCUAUUUUGGUGUUCAGCUUAAAAAAAAAAAAAAAAAAAGACUUGUCAAAAAAAACAUGUCUCCAAAACUGAAGUAAUGUGCAAUGAAAAUAAGUUUGAUCAUGGGCCUUUGCCAAAUUUCCAAUGUAUUUUAAAAUGCAAAUAAAACUAUAAUGUAGAAUUUUUAAUCUUA